AGGCCCCGCCCCCCUCAGGCCCGGGACACGUCUGCGGCGCGCGGAGCGGUCUGGGGCUGUCGAGCCGAGGCUGGAGGCACCUGAGGCUCCUCACAUCCCGAACUGCGGGCUGGGAGGAGGUGAGAUCCACUGUCCGGGCUCUGACCAUCUUCCUGGAUCGCAGAGGCUUCGACCCCCAACGCCAGGACUCUCCCCUUGUAAGCUGUGGGCUCCUUGGAGGCGCAUUGGGGGUGAAGGGGUCUAAUGUAUAUGCAGCCCCUGUGUGCCAAGGACUCUGUCCCCACACACUCCCAGGAGGCGGUGGUACCCCUGAGGGUCCCAGGGCUUAGCAGGUGUCCCUGUCAGGCAGCACAAGCCCCAGGGUCCUGUGACACUGUGCCCAUCGCGUGUGGGUUGGACAGACGGUUACAAGCAAGUGAAUGAAGCCCUCAGAAGCUCAGCUCCAGCACCUCACCAGCUUCUGGUGGCUUUCUCCAACCAGGACUACUUGAGGGCCACUAUCCACGUCAGUCAGGAGCUUGUUCUGCUGCAAAGAACAGGAACCCACUGUCCCAGUCUUGAACAGAUUGAGCCUGACCCUCCUCAAAUCAGGAAGCUCAUGGGUGGGCAGUUGGUGUGGAUUUGGAGACUCAGCACCAUUGGGCUGGUGUGGCAGGAUAUCCAGAUUGCAAAGUGGCUGCUCAGCUCCAGCCAUCACUUCAAGGCAGGAAGAAGGAAGUGGUUGUUCUUCUGUUCAUGAAAGCAAAAGCCUCCUACCCCCUGCUGCACCCCAGCACCUUGCUCACAUCUGGGUGACAUGGGAAAGCAGGGGUCAGAGUAUUAAGCUUGUCUUAGCCCAUGACUGUCACUUUGGGCUGGCACACUGCUGCCUGGAACAAGAUGAGGACUCUGGCCACAGGAGGGAGGGGGUGAACAUUAGAGCCCCGUGGCCCCCGGGAUGCAGCCCCAGGAGAGCAGCAUCCAGUACAGUAGGUGGGAGGGCAGCAGCCGAGAUGGAGUCAGCGUGGCCAGCGGGCCCGGCGCAGAGGAGGCCUCGGGCUGUAAGAGGGUCUCCCGGAAGCUGUGCUCGGGCAAGCUGGGCAUCUCCUUGAAGGUGCUGGGUGGAGUGGCCCUCUUCUGGGUCGUGUUCACCCUGGGCUACAUCACUGGCUACUUCGUGCACAAGUGCAAAUGAACGCUGCCCAGAGCAUGUGCCCAGGGGCAUGGGCUCGGAGGGACACCCCGUGUGCAAGAACCCCUCCGUGUACACGGACCCACCAGUCUACACAGCCUCCCCUAUACACAGACCCUCCUCUCUAUACACAGGCUCCCCUCUGUGUACGCAGCCCCUCACCAUGCACACAGGCACUCUCCCCGCCACCAGUGCACAGACUCCAGGGGCACACGGGGCACACAUAUUGGCCUCAAGCUCACGGGGACACCACUGUGCACAGCUGUCUCAGGCACCCACAGGCGUACAGCCAAACAGGGACACGGGUACACAAGGACACACGCGUGCACGCCUGGCACACACAGCCACCCAGGGGCCCAGGUGGCUGGGAGACUGGGCCCAGCCUGAGCUGGGGCUGCAGGAUACACCCAGGCUAGGCCCUCAGUCCAGGGCCCCGAGAGCUCCCCGUCUCCCCCCAGCCCAGGACACAGGCCUGGCAGCCCCAGGGUGGGGUCCUCCCUGGGUGGGCAUCGUGCGGAGCUGUGUGGCCCUGGGCAGGGCCCUGCCCUCUCUGGCCCUUCUGACUCCCGUUGUGAAAGGAUGGCUCUGAGGGGGUGCAUGUGUGUCCGUCUGUCCAUCCGCCCUCCCCGGGGGCUGAGUCAUUUCCUGGGUAGAGUGGGGAGAGGGGCCUUUGCCCUCGUCCCAGACCCACCACCGCAUCUUCCCUCCAGGAGGGUGGACACGUUCCCCGGGGCUGUCCACCCCACAGAGUGGGCCCUGCACGAGCCCGGCCCCUCCGCCGGCACCCUGUAGGAGGUCCAGACCCUGCACACGGAGGUCGUCAUUAAAAGUCUGUUGAAUGAAAACACGGAUGCCGGUGUCUCCCGUGGGUCUCCCCGGCGAGGCGUGACUCACGGCCCCCGAUAUGGGGCCAGCUGGAGGGCAUCUGGAC